AAGAGGAAUGGGUGGAGGUGUGUUUCUGAGUGUUUUCCACUUACUUCAUUCAUCACACAAACAGUGUCAGGCAGUCUCAGAGCGCAGCUUUCUGCAGCCGCUCACUGACUGAUGACUGGAAAACAUAUCUACACAAAAUAGCAGGACGGAGGAAACAAAUCCCAAAGUUUCGAGACCCAGAUCGAGUCUCUGCUACCAACAGAAAGAAGAAGCAUGGAGGACUCCAGACGGAGCAGGUGUAACAGCCUCGACACCAGCUCGGUGUUUAAAAAGGAGGUGCUGAACCCCAGUCCCUACAAAACCUUUGACCCCGAGGGCUCCGACCCUCUGAUCAGCUUGGAGCCCACGCCAGCGGAGGUGGCUCAGUGCGAGGCUGAAGUGGGCAUCCUGCUCAACAUCAUCUCUGAACUCAACAAGAAAAUGGGCUCGCUGAAAGCUCCGAGCGAACCGAGCGAUCUGAGAGCACCGAGUCCAUCCAGGCCUCUGGUUCCAGACCUCCUGUCUCACCGGCUGGUCAGAAGCAGCCCGGACAGGAAAACCAUCAUCACCUCUAAACAUCCACUGGCCAACCCAGGAGGCGGUGGCGUCACCUGGAGCAAACUGGAGGAGGUUCUGUCAUCAGUGGAGGACUCCAUCAGCUUCAGGAGGACGUGGGCCGCUCCAAUCACGGCCUCGGACCAGAACAAACACAAAGAGCACCUGAGAGCUGCUCAGGAAAACUGGACUAAAGCCACUAAGAUACUGGAGGAGAUGGAGAACGAGUUUGGGAUCUCGUGUCCAUUAGGCACGCCAAAGGACCCGGACUUGGAGGACUUGCUGGAUGCAGAAAAAUCCGAAGCUGCUUCCAGAAACAACCUGCAGGAAGGGCAGAGAUCUCCAAGCUCAGUCUCCCCAUCGGAAGAAGAGAAGAUCAAGCUGAUGGGCCUCCAGAAGGUCUGGAGGUCUUGCAGUUUCUCUCCUUCCUACCGGCCUCCUUCUGGAGCUCGCAGUCCGGACUGGGCUUCUCCUUCCUAUCCAGGUUCACCUUUGCCCUACAGGAGGACGUCCCGAGCUGUAAAACCUCUGUCUUUAGGUGGGGACGGGUCUCCACUGGGCUCCGUGACCUCAUCCAGCCCUUGCCCCAGUCCCAUCAGCCUGGAGUCUGAAACAGAGAGACUGAACAGAUGCAUGGAGAGGCUGAAGGCCAGAAACGAACGUCUGACUGCAGCUCUGGAGCGAAGGAAGGGAGAGUCAGAGCAGAUGAGUCUGAAACUGAACCGACUGGAGUCGGACUGCUCGGCUCUGCAGAUGGCUCUCAGAUACAGUGAGGAGUGUGAGGAGGCCUACAGCGAGCUUCUGUCACUCUACGAGGCCAAAAGGCAGCGAAAUGUUCCUCCGCAGACAGACCCAGCAGAGCCAGCCGGUGGCAGGCAGCAGACUGACAGUCCGUCAGCUCGGCUCAGGAAAAUGGGAACUGAAGAGUUGUCCACCUCCUUCUCCGCAACAGGAGUCACAGAAGCAGCACAAAGUCACACAAGUCAGGGGACACCCGACGCAGCGGAUCAGGAAGUAGCUCUUCGGCAACAAAUCCAGCGCCUGAAGAAGGACAGAGCGGCCAUUUGUCUGCCUAAAUCUGAUCUGGGAGCAGAGGGCAGACCCUGCUUGGGGACUGGUCUACCAGCUGGGACAAGAUGGACCCAUGUUCCAAAAGACAACAGCAAACCUCCUGAAAACAAGAGGGAGAAAGCUUCCCUUUUCUACGAACUUGUCUCAGUCAGGGAGGAGAUGUCAGAUCUGCGAGCUCUGAUCCGCCUGAAGGAGAAGGAGCUGAGGUGUCUCGAGUGGAGCUUAAUGGGUCAGAAGUCCCAGGAAGCAGCUGGAGUUUUUAUCCCAGAAAGUCUCAGAGAGGAGGUGGAAGACCGGAAGGCCGAACAACAGAGAUUUGGUGAGAAUGCUGUUAAACUUGGUGGCGACGGAGAAAUCAGUCCUCUAACCAGACCUAUUAUGAAGGAGUUACAGACAGUUCUACAGAGGGAACAAGCACUGAAGAAGAGGCUGGGGAUGAUUCAUGACUCUCUGAGCACCGCUCUGUCAGACGGCUCCCCCAGCAGGAAGGACAACGCGGAGCAGAUCGCUCGCCUCACGCAAGCUCACAGCAAAGCCUUGAGCUCGUACCGACAGAUUCGCAGGAAGUACCGGGAGCAGGUGUGGAGGCUGGAGCAGAAGGUGGCAGCCAUGAUGGAGAGUCAACACAACCAGAGCGAGGCGACCAACGACGCAGAGGAGGCCGUGGAGUGGAGGAAGGAGGAGACUGUUUUAUAAAAAUACAAUUUGACUUAAUGAUCAAAAGUUAUUCAUAAUGUGCAAAUCUAAUAAUUAUAUUAUGCUCCUUUAAAAAUCUGCUGCAGUCUUUUUAUAUUAUUUGUGCACAGAGCUUUUUAUUAAGUACUUUAUGUGAUAGACCAACACAAAGUAGUGCAUAGUUGUGAAAACGAUAAAUAAUCUUCAAAAUGUCUGACAAAUAAAAAAAGUCAAAGUA